AUGGUGCGCAGUGGGAAAGGCGGCUUGGUCGCGCGGCACGGGGUGGGGGCGGUCACAGUGCCCGCGAUCGAGGCGGCCGCCGCCUUGCUGCUGCUGCUGCAGGCGGGGGCGCCGAGCAGCCCGCAGCCGGCGGCGAAUGCCGAGCGCGCGCUGGCGGGCGAGGACUCGGGGAGGCGUGGGCUGAGCAGCCGAGCGCAACGGCUGCUGGGCAUAGCCGCGGAGUUGGUCGCCCUCACUGGCGAGGCCACCCUCGCCAAGGGGUUGGCCAGGCUCCGCGACGCUGGGCGGUGGCCCCCGACCCACCUCGAGCGCGCCUGGCGGGAGCUGGAUGCGGCCAGCAGGCUCCUGAGGCACCUUGGGGAGGGUGAGCGCGCGCUGCAGGAGGCGCUCUGCUGGUUCGACUGCGGGGGCGACGCAGGGUCCAGCGAGCCCGCGUUCACCACGGCGGGCCUCGACGUGGACUCCCCCGCGGAAGGCUCGCAGGCGGCGCGCGACUUCGAGGACCAGGAGGGCUCCGACCUGACGGAGCUCCAGGGCUUUGGCGAGAAGGACACCGAUGCCAGCAGGGCGGCCAUGGGGACGGUGGCUGGGGCAUCGGCGGCGGGGGGUGUGUCGGCGGCCAUGGCGGCUGGGGCAUCGGCGGCAGUGGUGGUGGCGGAGAUCCCAGCUGUGGCCGUUGACGUGCUGGCGGCCCACAUGGGGGCCGAGUGCGACGCGACGGAGGCGGACGACGACGUGUUCCACGAGGCGGAAGAGGCGGACGCGGAGGCCACGCUUGGAGAGAGCUGGGCGGAAUUCGCAGUCGAUGCGCGCGACUUCCCGACCCCGCGCGGAGCGAUGGUGGGAGCUGCGGGGGAGGCGCCCCCGGAGGCGGAUGACGGUAGGGACGGCGGGCGGGUCGUUUCCCAGGCGUCCGUCCAGAAGGAGGAGCGGGGCUGCGGUCACCGUGCCGCCCCCCUUCCUGAAGACGGCACAGCGGACGAGUGGCUCGCAAACGCCAGGGGCUGCUUUGCGGACUUGGGUUUCGAGGUCGCCGAGGCCAACGGCGACUUGCGCGCGACGGUGGGCGCCGUGGACAGGGAGCUGGCUUCGAGGGGGCGGCGGAAGCUGAAGGCCUCGCAGCGGCAGGGGCGGAAGCGCUGA